AUGCCUUAUAAUGCCUAUAUCAUUGCCUAUAAUGCCUAUAUCAAUGCUUAUGAUGCCUAUAUCAUUGCCUAUAAAGCCUAUAUCAUUGCCUAUAUCAAUGCUUAUAAUGCCUAUAUCAUUGCCUAUAAUGCCUAUAUCAUUGCCUAUAAUGCCUAUACCAGUUCCCUGCAGAGGAUCCAGUCUGCUUCUGAGUUCGUUAAGUGUCAGCGUCAGCAAACCAGGGACAGCAAAUCCCCUGGCGCUGCGGGUACAUGGGCAUCUCGUCGUUCCCAGAAGAAGCAGGAUCCCAUGUAUUUUGAUAACGACGAGUUCCCAGGGUCACCCCACCAGUAUCUAUCCCGCAAGCCACCCAGUAUGGUCCUGUUCCCGACCUCCGCCUCUAGACCCUCCACCAAUGAUCGCCGCAGCUGCACCUCUAGACCCCCCGGACCCACUGCUGCUGAUUGCCGCUGCCCUGGCUUCGGACCUGCCGCCGCAGCUGUGCCCCUGGAACCACCGUUGCUGAUUGCCGCAGCUGUACACCUGGACCCACCAGUUCCUGUUCCUGUAGUGGAAGAACCCACUACACCUGUGCCUCGUGCCAGGCCUGUCCCCCUGGUUGCUCCUCGAGCUCUCCUGUCUUCUACUGCCUCCGCCCCGGGUUCCCACCCGUAUUGCCUCGAAAUACCAUUCUUUGAGUUUUUGGUUAAAAUAGAAGUGAAUACCACAAAUGCAGUGAUAGAUGAAUUGAAAACCGUGCUGGAAGGAAUACCUUUCCCAGUUAUACUUGAUAACACAACGGAUGUCACAGAGAUGAACAUAACAACAGUGUGCCUUCAGAAUAAUACUGGAUACCAGUGCAGGUGUGAGGAUCAGUAUUUCUGGCCAUGCGACAAGUGCUCAGUAUAUCAGCACUGUGAUGACAUCAUCAAAGGCACUUGUGGUUGCAUCAGUGCUAUUCCAAAUGAUGGACAGUUCUGCCAACCAAUGACAGAGCUAACUAAUAUCGCAACAUGUCCAACUCCAUCACAACCAGUUACUCCUAUUGAGAUGGAAUACUUAAUUGAGGUUGAGCUUGACAUAGUGGAUACUUCAUUCAUUAACAGCCUAAUGAACCUACUGAAGACAGUCAGUUUUCCUUUUGUCACUAGUGACAUAGUCAUCACUGAAAUUAACAUUACUACAGUGUGUCUCCUGAAUAAUACUGGAUACCAGUGCAGGUGUGAGGAUCAGUAUUUCUGGCCAUGUAACAAGUGCUCAGUAUAUCAGCACUGUGAUGACAUCAUCAAUGGCACUUGUGGCUGCAUCAGUGCUAUUCCAAAUGAUGGACAAUUCUGCCAACCAAUGACAGAGCUAACUAGUAUGUAUAAGCUUUCCAUGAGAAUAAGAUCAUCUGUAACGAUGGAAUACUUAAUUGAGGUUGAGCUUGACAUAGUGGAUACUUCAGUCAUUAACAGCCUAAUGAACCUACUGAAGACAGUCAGUUUUCCUUUUGUCACUAGUGACAUAGUCCUCACUGAAAUUAACAUUACUACAGUGUGUCUCCUGAAUAAUACUGGAUACCAGUGCAGGUGUGAGGAUCAGUAUUUCUGGCCAUGUAACAAGUGCUCAGUAUAUCAGCACUGUGAUGACAUCAUCAAUGGCACUUGUGGCUGCAUCAGUGCUAUUCCAAAUGAUGGACAAUUCUGCCAACCAAUGACAGAGCUAACUAAUAUCGCAACAUGUCCAACUCCAUCACCAUCAGUUACUCCUAUUGAGAUGGAAUACUUAAUUGAGGUUGAGCUUGACAUAGUGGAUACUUCAUUCAUUAACAGCCUAAUGAACCUACUGAAAACAGUCAGUUUUCCUUUUGUCACUAGUGACAUAGUCCUCACUGAAAUUAACAUUACUACAGUGUGUCUCCUGAAUAAUACUGGAUACCAGUGCAGGUGUGAGGAUCAGUAUUUCUGGCCAUGUAACAAGUGCUCAGUAUAUCAGCACUGUGAUGACAUCAUCAAUGGCACUUGUGGCUGCAUCAGUGCUAUUCCAAAUGAUGGACAAUUCUGCCAACCAAUGACAGAGCUAACUAAUAUCGCAACAUGUCCAACUCCAUCACCAUCAGUUACUCCUAUUGAGAUGGAAUACUUAAUUGAGGUUGAGCUUGACAUAGUGGAUACUUCAGUCAUUAACAGCCUAAUGAACCUACUGAAGACAGUCAGUUUUCCUUUUGUCACUAGUGACAUAGUCCUCACUGAAAUUAACAUUACUACAGUGUGUCUCCUGAAUAAUACUGGAUACCAGUGCAGGUGUGAGGGUCAGUAUUUCUGGCCAUGUAACAAGUGCUCAGUAUAUCAGCACUGUGAUGACAUCAUCAAUGGCACUUGUGGCUGCAUCAGUGCUAUUCCAAAUGAUGGACAAUUCUGCCAACCAAUGACAGAGCUAACUAAUAUCGCAGCAUGUCCAACUCCAUCACCACCAGGUAAACAUAUAAUAUCAAUUGAGGUUGAGCUUGACAUAGUGGAUACUUCAGUCAUUAACAGCCUAAUGAACCUACUGAAGACAGUCAGUUUUCCUUUUGUCACUAGUGACAUAGUCCUCACUGAAAUUAACAUUACUACAGUGUGUCUCCUGAAUAAUACUGGAUAUCAGUGCAGGUGUGAGGAUCAGUAUUUCUGGCCAUGUAACAAGUGCUCAGUAUAUCAGCACUGUGAUGACAUCAUCAAUGGCACUUGUGGCUGCAUCAGUGCUAUUCCAAAUGAUGGACAAUUCUGCCAACCAAUGACAGAGCUAACUAAUAUCGCAACAUGUCCAACUCCAUCACCACCAGGUAAACACAUAAUAUCAAUUGAGGUUGAGCUUGACAUAGUGGAUACUUCAGUCAUUAACAGCCUAAUGAACCUACUGAAGACAGUCAGUUUUCCUUUUGUCACUAGUGACAUAGCCAUCACUGAAAUUAACAUUACUACAGUGUGUCUCCUGAAUAAUACUGGAUACCAGUGCAGGUGUGUGGAUCAGUAUUUCUGGCCAUGUAACAAGUGCUCAGUAUAUCAGCACUGUGAUGACAUCAUCAAUGGCACUUGUGGCUGCAUCAGUGCUAUUCCAAAUGAUGGACAAUUCUGCCAACCAAUGACAGAGCUAACUAAUAUCGCAACAUGUCCAACUCCAUCACCACCAGUUACUCCUAUUGAGAUGGAAUACUUAAUUGAGGUUGAGCUUGACAUAGUGGAUACUUCAGUCAUUAACAGCCUAAUGAACCUACUGAAGACAGUCAGUUUUCCUUUUGUCACUAGUGACAUAGCCAUCACUGAAAUUAACAUUACUACAGCCAGAACACUGAAGAUGGGUCGUGGAUGUGUCUUCCAGCAUGACAAUGACCAAAAACAUACAGCCAAGGCAACAAAGGAGUGGAAGAAGAAGCACAUUAAGAUCCUGGAGUGGCCUAGCCAGUCUCCGGACCUCAAUCCCAUAGAAAAUCUGUGGAGAGAGCUGAAACAGCCUCAAAUCCUUCAGGAUUUGGAAAGUGCCUGCACCUAUAUCAUACAUUUAUCCUUGAUGAUAUAUGAACAAUUUGACCUUGCACUCACCAGCAAAGAUACUCCAAAGUACACAUAUUAUAAAACAACCCUUGAACAGUCAAUUGAUGCUAGUUACAGAAUUGUACCUUCCUACCAGAACAAUUCUGCAGUGGUGACUAAUUUCAGGCCUGGCAGUGUGAUUGUAGACUACAGUAUAACUGCAACAAGUGGUAACCCUGAUUUGGCAUCAGCAAAUGAACAACUUAUUAACAAACUCAUUAGUCUAGGAUUUCCAGUGAAUCAAAAUGCCAUCAUUCAGACUGGUCAAUACUCAUGCACAAUGAAUGUGGCAUCAAUUCCUUACUUAGCUUGGAUCAAAAUUACAGUUCUGCCAAACGCCAAUCUCCAAGCAAGUAGUGACAAAUCUGUGGCAUGCAAUAACACAUCAGUCAAGAUAUGGUGUUGUGCCGACCCGAACUAUAGCGUGAAAUGGGAUUUGGACACCACUGCUUGUGCCCAGUUGAAAACAGACCCAGUGUCAGGGUGCAGCACAUGCAACUGUUCUAUCAGGAAAAAGGACUGUCAGGUUUAUGAUAAAAUAAUACAGGCCAAAUGUGAAGCCAUUGGAACUGACUUAUAUUCUUACAAGUCAGCAAAUAUGAAGAUAACUGCAACGAAUACAGCAUACCCCUGCUUUGACGAAUACUUUGGAGGAGGAAAUGUCAGUGAAAUAAGAGUUGGCGACUGUACUCAAGACAUGGUUGGCAAUCGACAAGCUCUGUGUAACUCAUCUAACAAAUGGGACCCUCGGAACGAGGCAAACAAUUGUAUCCUGCGUGUUAUUGAGAAUCUGAUAGAGCGAGCUAUGAGCUUAACUGUAGCAGACAUCCCACAAAUUGCGGCUGAUCUCAACAAUGCUACUACAACAUAUGCUUCUAUCAUAGUACAGUCUCCAGCAACCAUAUUAGGAAUUGUUUAUAUACUGAAAAAAAUUGCUGAUGUGUCACUAACAACUAUAGAAAUCAUUAAACCCAUUAUGAUGGAUGUCCUGCAAACAGUUGAUGUUAUUGCAUCAACUGAUGCAGGGAAAACAUGGCAAACUCUGAACACAGGCAAUACAACCCAGAACACCAGCUCUGUACUGCUGAAAUCUCUUGAGGAGCUGGGACAGCAACUCUCAAAUGAGACCUUUGGAAUAGUAACAAAAUCCUCUUACCUUAAUAGAACUCAAAUUUCUGGACCAUAUUUUGAACCAUUUGGUAUAAAUUCAACUCUGUUAAUAGAUAUCCCUCAGAUUCCUGUACCAACAUUCUUCACCUUUAUUGUUUUCUCAACUUUUAACACCGUCUUGCCUGUUCGAAUUGCAACAAACAAUGACAGCAGUCAAAGUGGAACCAGUAUUAAUGGAGAUGUAAUUGCAGUCAAGGCACAAACAACAGUUAACAAUAUAUCCUUUUCCUUUUCUCUUAUAAAUAAUUCACUGAUAUACCCCCAGUGUGUUUUUUGGAAUUUUGAUCUCUUGGAUGGUAUUGGAGGAUGGGACUCAACUGGAUGUGAACUAAAGUCUUUAGCAAAUCACACUGACCUGGUUACAUGUGAAUGCAAUCACACAACCUCAUUUUCCAUCCUGAUGUCACCAUAUUCCCUGGAUAAUCCUGCUUUGGCCUACAUAACUUACAUUGGUGUUAGCAUUUCGAUGGCCAGCUUGGUUUUAUGCCUCAUUAUUGAAACCAUUAUUUGGAAGUCAAUGACAAGGAAUGACACAUCCUACAUGCGGCAUGUCUCCAUAGUCAACAUCGCUCUGUCCCUCCUGAUUGCAGACAUAUGCUUCUUCAUUGGAGCAUCCGUUGUGGAACGAGGACAGGUUACACCAGUGGGUCCCUGCAGUGCAGUGACAUUCUUCAUCCACUUCUUUUAUCUUGUUCUCUUCUUCUGGAUGUUCCUGUCAGCACUCUUGCUCCUUUACCGCACCAUCAUGGUCUUUUCAGGAAUGUCCAGGUCCAGGAUGUUGGCUAUAGCGUUCAGUGUGGGCUAUGGAGCCCCAUUACUCAUAGCUGUCAUCACUGUGGCAUCAACAGCUGGAAACAGAGGAUAUGUUCAAGAAAUGAACUCAUGUUGGCUGAACUGGAAUAAAACGAAGGCACUCCUGGCAUUUGUGAUUCCUGCUCUGACGAUUGUAGUUAUAAAUCUUUUGGUUCUUGUCGUGGUUUUAUACAAGAUGUUGAGGAGAGGAGUUGGUGCUUCUACUCAGCCAGAUGAGAAACAUGCCUUAGUGGUCAUUGCCAGAUGUGUGGCAAUUUUGACCCCUCUCUUUGGUCUGACCUGGGGAUUCGGCAUCGGGACCAUGGUGACCUCUGCUUUGGGAAUUCAUGUGGUGUUUGCAACCCUUAAUUCACUGCAGGGCUUCUUUAUUCUGGUGUUUGGAACCUUAUUGGACAGUAAGAUCCGAGAGGCACUGGCAUCAAAGUUGUCACUGGCAAACAGCUCUAACCGCACAAUGAGCUCUAGUGCAGGACCAUCAUCCUCUAGUGGACUUCCUUUCAUUCAGAGGUUGCGGCUCAGAAAUGCAUUCAACAUAUCAGAACGGAAUGGGUUCUCUGCAGUUCCUUCUUCAAGCAACUUGGAUACAACUAUGAAUAUUUAA